AGGGUACUGCUGGGGCUGCAGCCUGGCUGGGCCUUGACUGGUCUGUACUCCUUACUGCUAAGGUGGAGGUUCCCAGGUUCCUGCAUCCCCUCUCAGGCUCUGUGGGGUGUGUCACAGCUGGUGCCAGAUGCCACCCUGGAAGACUCACUGAGUCUCUGGCCAGAUCUUGUCUUGCUGUAUUAAGGGACCCUCAGGGUGUCCUUUAGCUUGGCUUCAGCUGGCUUUGUGGCUCUUUUGGGGUAACUAAACCCAUGGUAGAGGGAGAUGGGAACAAACCGGAGAGCCUAGGGUAUUUUCAGUACCUCCCCCAGCAGCUGAGACCCUUCAGGCCAUCUUAAGAUGGGCCAGUCCACCCCAGCCAGUUGUAGUGUGUCCCAGGGAUCAGUAUGGGCACCAGGCCCAGUCUACUCAAACUGAAGAAACUUCAUUAUCCACUUGCCUGCUACCAAGCAGACCCUCUCAGCAGCUGGACCUACACAACCGCUGCUGUGUUAGUGUGGCGCGGUAGCCAGCACAGAAGUCUUUGGGAUGCCACAGCAGUUCACUCUAAGUGCUUCCUUCCCACCUACCUUCUGUGUCUAGGGACUGCAGAGAGGGAGAUAUGAGGAUGGGCAGCCAAAAGGGGAGAUACAGGGUCCAAGGACGGGGAGGUUGGAGAAGAUCCGUUUUGGAGGGCCUGCUGGCUGGAGUUGGCUCUGUAUGGGACAGUGUGGACCCAGCUGGGAAGUGAUUUCUAGAAAUGGGGAGGGGAACCUGGCUCAGCUGUGGAGGGGCUGGCAGGACUGGAGAGACAAGGACCAGGGUCCCACCUGCUCGCUCCCAUGACCAACAUGAGCUGGAGCUUCCUGACGCGGCUGCUGGAGGAGAUCCACAAUCAUUCCACCUUCGUGGGCAAAGUUUGGCUCACUGUGCUGGUGGUCUUCCGCAUUGUGCUGACAGCCGUCGGUGGUGAGUCCAUCUAUUCAGAUGAGCAAUCCAAGUUCACCUGCAACACGCGGCAACCGGGUUGUGACAACGUCUGCUAUGACGCCUUUGCGCCCCUGUCUCAUGUGCGCUUCUGGGUCUUCCAGAUAGUGGUCAUCUCCACACCUUCUGUCAUGUACCUGGGCUAUGCAGUCCACCGCUUGGCGCGGGCCUCGGAACAGGAGCGCAGACGCGCUCUCCGACGUCGCCCUGGCACCCGGCGCUUGCCCAGGGCGCAGCUGCCACCGCCGCCACCUGGCUGGCCGGACACCACCGAUCUGGGAGAGGCGGAGCCCAUAUUGGCUCUAGAGGAGGAUGAGGACGAGGAGCCGGGGGCGCCCGAGGGCCCCGGAGAAGACACGGAGGAGGAGCGAGCGGAGGAUGUGGCUGCCAAAGGGGGCGGAGGUGAUGGCAAGACGGUGGUCACUCCUGGCCCGGCCGGGCAGCACGAUGGGCGGCGGCGCAUCCAGAGGGAGGGCCUGAUGCGUGUGUACGUGGCUCAGCUGGUGGUUAGGGCGGCCUUCGAGGUGGCCUUUCUGGUGGGCCAGUACCUACUGUACGGCUUCGAGGUGCCACCCUUCUUUGCCUGCAGCCGCCAGCCUUGCCCCCACGUAGUGGAUUGCUUCGUGUCGCGGCCGACCGAGAAGACGGUCUUCUUGCUGGUCAUGUACGUGGUUAGCUGUCUAUGCUUGUUGCUCAACCUCUGUGAGAUGGCGCACCUGGGUCUCGGCAGUGCGCAGGAUGCUGUGCGCGGCCGUCGGGGAGCCUCAGCGGCGGGGCCUGGCCCCACGCCGCGCCCACCGCCCUGCGCUUUCCCGGCCGCGGCCGCCGGCCUGGCUUGCCCUCCAGACUACAGCCUGGUGGUGCGUGCAGCUGAGCGCGCGCGAGCGCACGACCAGAACUUGGCGAACCUAGCGCUGCAGGCGUUGCGCGAUGGGGCGGCGGUGGCGGCGGUUUCCGCGGACCGCGACAGUCCGCCGUGCGCUGGGCUCAAUGCAACCUCUCGGGGGGCACCCAGGGUGGGCGGCCUAGCUUCCGGAACCGGCAGCGCCACGUCGGGGGGCACCGUUGGGGAGCAGAGCCGGCCGGGAGCUCAGGAACAACUGGCCACUAAGCCCAGGGCUGGCUCUGAAAAGGGCAGUACAGGCAGCAGAGACGGCAAGGCCACCGUGUGGAUCUGAGGGCCCUGCGGAGAGCUCAGGGAGGGCUUGGCAUGAGGAUUCAGUGGAAAUCUUUGUGCCCUCAACCAGUGAUCAGUGAUCAGACCUCGUUAGGGGUCUUUAAAAGAAGGAGCUGAAGCCCCUUAGGAGGUGCUGGCUCAGGUACCUCCCUGCGGGAUAGGAAGGGGAGUGACCAGGGUCUUAUAUGUGACCCCUGAGGGUGUGGGGACAGAGCUGUGUCCUAGGAAUUGACUGCCCCUCCAGGCUAUGCUGAGCAGGGAUGACCCCUCUGCUGGGCCUGCCAGCCCUUCCUUCCAAGGCUCUCUCGCAGCUUCCCCAUAGGAUUGGGGGUGUCUGGCACGAACCUUUUGGGGACUGAGCUUAUCCUCACUGCAGCAGCAGACCGGGUUCCUCUGCAGCGCCCUCGGCCCUUACAGAGCCAGAGAACUCCCAGGUCAGGGACAGGCAGCAGCACUGAUUACUCUCGGCCCUUGGCUCCCCACUUGAGGCAGACUGAGCGAGACCCAAAGGAGGCCUGGACCAAGAACAGCUCCUCUCUCUGAGCUGAGAUCGUUUGGUAUGACUUCCUUCUUAGGGGACAUCCUGGAAGUUCUGUUGUGCCUUGCUGCUUAGAUGCAUAUAGCUGUAGCCCAGGGCUGUGGCGUUGGCCAUGUUGGAAAAUUAGAGCUCUGGGGGGCCUGUCCCUAUCUUCUGUCCCCUUCUCCCUGUUUUAAAGCCAACUUCUAGAACAAAGGAAGUAAAAUAAAACUAACUUUUGUUUACACUCAA